AUGGCCGAAACCUCCAGCGCAUCAGUAACCCUAAAGCUGUUGAUCGACACCAAGGGCAAAAGGGUCCUUUUUGCAGAGGCCGGCAAGGACUUCAUAGACUUCCUCUUCUGCAUCGUCUCUCUCCCGGUCGGCACCAUACUGAACCUCCUCAAGCACCACCAAACAGCGGGCUCCCUCUCGGGCCUCUACCAAAGCAUAGAGAAUCUAAACGAGUCGUACAUCCAGCCGAAACAGUCCAAGGAAGCCCUCCUGAAGCCCACCUCGGGAUUCGUUCCCCUGCUGCCGCUCGAAAGCAAGCCAUCACCAGCUGGCGGGGGGAGGAAAUUCUACAGGUGCACGUGCAACUUAACGUACGUGGCGGACGACCCGCUCGCAUCCUGUCCGCACUGCGGCCGGAAAAUGGAGACAGGAUUGUCCUAUGUGGCGGGCCCACCCCGGAAGCAGGAAGGGCCCGGGGAAGGGGGGUUUGUGAAGGAGGUGGUGACGUACAUGGUGAUGGAUGAUUUGGUCGUCAUGCCAAUGUCAACUAUAUCAAGCAUCACUUUGCUUAACAAGUUUAAUGUGAAGGAGGUGGGUUGUUUGGAGGAGAAGGUGGUUGACUUUGGCAUAGAUGAGGCUGUGAAGUUAUUGAAGGCGUCUUUGCAGUCGAAGAAAGUUCUCACUGAUGUAUAUCUCGAGGGCAUGGUUUGUAUUAAGUGA